UCAUGCUGACGAAAAAAUAUAAGCAGACUACAAUAACAUGUGAUAUAAUUGAACCAAUCAAAACGUCUAAACGAGACAAUGAACAUUCAUUGACCAAUCAAAUGGUUUCUUCCAUGAUGCAAUCUCGUCUUUCAUCUCGUAGACUUGUGUGGUUUUAUUUGGGUUCCAGGGUUGCUUUCUAAUAUUUCGUUACGAGUAUUCCUCGAAAAUAACUUAUCUUUUGUUAAUGCACACUAAUCUAAGAUGUCAUCUAUCGAGUCUUUCAAUCGUGGGUCUAUGRUAGCCGUUCCUGAUCCAGCUACAUUUUAUCGAAGAAGAAUUUGUGCUUCAGUUGGUGGUAGUGUUGGCAAGAGACACCCAGGAAAGGCAAUCCUCGCCGGUGGUAUUGCUGGUGGUUUGGAGAUAUGUUGUACAUUUCCAACUGAAUAUGUGAAAACACAAAUUCAACUUGACGAAAAAUCGGCGACACCCAAGUACAAAGGACCAAUAGAUUGUGUCAAACAAACAGUUAAAGGUCAUGGCUUCUUUGGAUUAUAUAGAGGUUUAAGUUCUUUGCUUUAUGGAUCUAUACCAAAAGCUUCAAUUAGGUUUGCUGUAUUUGAAUUCCUGAAAAACUCCAUGGCGGAUGAAAAGGGUAAAAUGACCCAAGUACAAACGCUUGGGGCAGGAUUAGGYGCUGGUGUGGCAGAGGCAAUAUUUAUUGUUUGUCCAAUGGAAACCAUUAAAGUAAAAUUCAUUCAUGACCAAACUCAGCCAAACCCYAAAUUCAAAGGCUUCUUUAGCGGUGUGGGAACCAUUAUAAGACAAGAAGGAUUUUUAGGGAUCUACAAAGGUCUUACUGCGACAGUAAUAAAGCAAGGAACCAAUCAAAUGAUACGGUUCUUUGUGUAUUCCAACCUUAAGAACUGGUUGCAAGAUGGUGAUCCCACAAAGGACAUUGGUUCUAUCAGGACAUUUCUUAUUGGUGGAGUUGCUGGUGCUGCAAGUGUGUUUGGAAACACYCCUGUUGAUGUUGUUAAAACAAGAAUGCAGGGUUUAGAGGCUCACAAAUAUAAAAACACUCUAGACUGUGUUAUACGUAUUGCCAAGUAUGAAGGUCCAAGAGCAUUCUACAAAGGAACAGUCCCACGUCUUGGCCGAGUGUGCUUUGAUGUUGCCUUUGUAUUCACRAUAUAUGAGCAAGUCAUGAAAGUCUUAGACUAUGUCUGGGAAACGUAGUUUGAUUUAAAGUACAUGAUACAUGUAUCAGGAAGAAAUUCUAGGAAAAUUUCACAAUUUUCUCACACAUUUUUCCAAUGUAGAUUAAACAUCAAUUAUUUUCAAAAUUUAAAGUAACUGGGGACUAUUAUUGUUAUUAUUUUUUGAUGUUUUGAAUGACUAGAUUAACGUAAUUUGAUGAAAGUAGAAACCAGUGAUUGGAAUGAACUAAAAGCCGUGGCAUAGAGUCCCAAUGAUUUAUUCAAACCUUUAUUGAAGACAGAGGGUUUUGUCUUUUUCCACAUUUGACUAUUUAAACAAGGCUGUAUCCAAACUGAUCAAAACAUUYUUAGAAGAAGCAAAGAUUUGUCUAAAAGACAGAACAUAGAAAUCCUCCUUCCGGAAAAUUUUUAAAAAUAAGGAUUAUUUUYACAUGGUUUUUAAUGUAAUAUUUAUGAAAAUGUUAUUUUCAUCAUAUGGGAAAGGCUAUUCUAAAGAAAUUUGUUCAGAACUAGGAAAAUGGUUAGUCCAAUAAAACAAUUUAGUCUAUUAUU